CUCUACCAGCCACCCUAACGAGUCUGCAUGUCUGACAAGAAUCUUAACUCCAUCCUCCCGGCCACAUACUUCCCCGAGUGGUGGAACAUUCAUACCCAUCGCUGCAAUCACCAUUCCAGACUGCCGACGUUUGAAAAAGAACAUAGUCUCGGUAGAGCCCUGCUCGGUGACUGGGGUCGCAUUGGUGCCGUCAGUAUCUGUACAAAAGACAAGAACAUAAAGGUUGUUCCUCAAAUCUCCAAUUCGUUAUACGGUCGGUUGCACUACACCGAAUUACCUGCACCUGUUCUACCUGCUCAUUAUCUCCCACAGGACUGUUUUGUCGAAUCCGGCGGGAGCUGUUCGCAAGGAUCGUUUUUAGAUUCGACGGCUGCCUUUGAUGCGGGUUACGGUAACCUUCUCAACGAUGCAUUGUUUGGUGAACAGGCUUCGGCUGCAUUCUUGAUCGGGAAAAUGCAGGGAAUCAUUCGUACAAGUGCUGUAUCGUUGGAUGAAAAAAGCGCAAAAUCCGCCAAGGUUUACGAGUGUCUGGAGCAACUAGAGCACCUGGCCACAGAGGGGUCAAAUUGUUUGAAAUCCAAAGCCCAACGUCAGAUCCUUGAAUGUAUCCGAUGUGAAAUCUAUCCGCCACCGGAGUCCGACGAUGUACUUGAAGAGCAGUGGCUGGAUACCAUCACAGAACCUUCUGCUAAGAGAAGGCGACUUUCCAUCCAUGAAAAACAUCGGGCGAGUGGGCCUGUGUUGCCGGUCAUGCUUUCCAAACUGUGCGAUUUCGAAACGGAGGAGCGAAACACCGACGAGAAUCGUUUACUGGCAGCGGUAGAUCCUUUUCUAAUUAGACUGGCUAGUCGGCUAGUCAAUCCAGUCUUCUUUGGACAUGGGCUACUUCGUACUGCUGGGCGAUUUGUUUUCUGGUCAGUACCUCAUCGUAGCGCCCCACCAUACCUAUGGCUAUCCAAGCUAAGUGAGACCAACCAGUUCAGCCCGAUUUCUGUACCUCUCUCUGAUCUCCCCGUAUCUCAUACCCGCAUGUGUGAACUUGACGUACAAUGUGAUGACGAACUGUCCCUUCGUUAUAACAUUGUUUCUCGCUGGGAUUCCUCUACUACGACAAACAAUGUUGCCCUAACGCGCAUACGAAUUUCGGACGACGGUACGUCAGCACACUUGGAACAAUCUUUUCUACCUCCUCUCCCGAACACUGCCUCUAGUAUUUGCACUAGUCCUUGGACCAAUGAUGCACAAUUUGCCAUCGCAGGCACACACUUGACCCUUUGUAGAGACAAGACCGCAUAUGUACGUCUAUAUUCCCUCUCCGAUGAACCGUCUUUUUAUUGGACCUGUCGCGUGUUCCUGGAUGAUCACACAGACGGGGUCGGUGCUGAAAGUGAAGGUAAUUUGAGUGCACUUGGCCUGUCGACUCUUCCAGAGGAUCCUGUUCAGUCCCUUUUGGACGCACACUUGCAGUUCAUUAAGCCAAUCAACCAAAGUCUUAUUCGAGCCAGUUCGGUAGCGGGCUGGCAAAUGGGGGUUCGUAUAGGUUUUGCCAGUCACCCAACUGAGCUCUGUCUGUCAACCUGUCGGAGACUACUGUUGCUCGACACACGACAAUGCAGCAGUGCCCGUGAGUUAUUCUCCACCGUUGCCAAUCCAGCCGUACUCAACUCGUCGGAAUAUUUUACUUAUGUGGCUCCAAAAUUUCUCGGAGAUGUCUACGCACUAGUUACAACACCGUACAGUACAGUUAUGGUAGAUAAACGUAUGCCAGGACGGACUGUUCUGCACACCCAGCAUAACUUACCAGCACCACCCGUCUACGUAGACUGGUCUACGGCGGCUGCCCAUGUUCGAGAACGACACGAGAUGCCAGAGUUGAUGUUGGCUGCUGUUUCACAGUACCCAGCUGACACGAGUUUGGUCGGUUUUAAUUUCACAUCGGUUUCUGGGCCUCAGCUAGUCGGUCCCAGUCUCAUGGGAGCUCGCUUGACUCCUGGUUUAUGUGAAUUCCACGGAGAGUUGCCCUUGCGACUCGUGAAAGGUGAUGUGGCCAAAGAACGUCUUCUGACCAGUCUUUGUGGUUUGUCUGUGUUGCCAGUGACCGACGAAGGUAUCCAAGUAUUAACUCUCACAUCUCAUGGAGAUCUGUUCCGACAUACCUGGGUAUUUGAGGAUUCACACGCCGCCGAAUUCAGUCAGACGAACCGCGAUCGAAUCAGCCAUUGGUUGUCCAAUUUGAUUUGCCGGCCAACUGACGUCGAGCCGCCGUAUAAGCCAAGUUCAGCCCAGAUUGUGGAUUUGACCCAGCUAUCCAGGUUGGAGACGCCUGACCGAAAUUCGAAAACACCACGAAAGAAGUCACAACAAUCGUAUUGGGAGUUUUCAGACCUUGUCACUCGCGCGGAUUUAUCCCCAGCUUUGGCUAAUCAGAGUGAACAUUUGGUAAACGAUUUAGAGUCCAUCUGGCGGGAAAAUGAUUCAACUUAUAUUGCAUCGACGGAGGAAUCUUCCAGUCAUACUCGUGGAAAAUUGACUGAUGCACGUGUGGCAGAAGAGCGCAAACGUGGCGCCAUCCGCCCCGAUAGAAUGAACCCGCUGGGUAACUACUGGAAUCGCUUCGUCAGUGCUUGUGCGACUUCCGCACGUGCUACCGCACCGGGUGGCGGUGCAGCAAUACUCCACAAAUCUGCGACGGAGUGGCAAGGCCUAACGGACAUGGCUCGUGUGUUGCUACGGAAUUGUCCUGCUAGCCGACUGGCCGUGCUGGAUCACAUGACACCUCUUUUCGGCGAAUAUUUCGUCCUGUGGUGGCAGAAGCAUCAUCAUCAAAAGGUUGGUCAGCAGGCCGCCACGACGGAUAUCUGCGGUGAAGGUUUCGAGGACCUGGUUGCGGCGGAAUCGGUCUUGUGCGCCAUUGCACGUAUGCUUCGCGAACUUGUCCUGCUCAAUUCCGGUUCCGAUGAAUUCGCCUCCGGAGUUUGUUCCUGGGUUCUCGCCCGUCUUCGUCCUGCCUGUAUUGUCCCUCCUACACAAAUGUUGAGCAGUUUGCGACGUCUACUGAAUGCUAAUUCGCGUUCUAAAUCUAGUUUUAGUUGGAAAGUGACUAGAGCAGAUGAAAUUCCAAAACACUUGAGCAUCGAUCCCACAGAACCAGAUUUAGACGACGACGGUAAGAAAAAGGCCCACAGUAGGGUCAAAGAGUCCAAUCUUUUCAGUGUUCCUGGGACUCAUCGACCAACAUCUUCCGACUCGGAAGCCUCUGAUUCGGAGGAUACAGAUGAUGUGGAAUAUUCGUCACCGGAGGUUCCGGCUGCUGCACUCCCUACUUCUGAGCCAACCACAACGGACUCCCUAGAUCUCUCGUCCACUUCAGCAGCCAACAAACAGUUACUUGGUCCUUGGGCACAUUGCCGUGUGCUCAUUGAGUUACUUCAAUUGGCCUACGAGUUAAUCAUGGGGCAUGCUGUUCGCCUUUCCACAAUUCAGUCGCUAUUGGCUAUAGCCACAGUACCGCUGCCGUCCGAACUGUCCACAGUGAUCUUGCCAUCUCAAUCUGGCUAUAUUCCUUCACCCAGUUCUGUUUUGCCCCACUGGGUGGUUAUUUGGAUCUUGUAUCAAGUUUCCAGACAUGAAGAUAAUGGUACCGUUUCCAUUCAACGCCUUGUCGAUCUUAUAUUGGAUGCCUCCGUUCAGUUCCCUUUGGCACCUUCGAUCGUUCUGGACUCGCUUGGGAAUACGCCAGACACAUUGACUGGUUGGUUGGUGGAAAAACGUGUGGACUUACAUUUUUGGAUUACUUCGUGUUUGACGCACCUCCUUUUUCUUGGCGAUCAAGUUGGUGUAUUCGUCUCAGAUUCAAUCAGCCGAAAAGUGAGGAAGUGGAUAACCUCCUCUGCUAACAAAGCUGUGGGUGAAAUAUUUGACGAGCAAGUUGCAGGUCGUCGACUGAUCUCUUUGAUUUUGCAUUUGGGAUUGUUAUCGGUGCCCACUCCACCGUCUGCUCCACCAACUGCGCUUCAAUCCGUUCCGGCUCAGGCCUCUAGCACCUCUAGCCCGGCAUUGCCAAGCCGCCCAGAGAGUCGACAGUACAGAUCUCACGGUCCGGAUCCCUCUUCGUUCAUCUCGGCUGUUCACGAUGGUUCCAGUCCCAUGUUCAAAGCCCCGUUCUCCCAAAGUCCUGCCGGUGGACUCUACGGAAGACAUUUUGGUCCGCGUCAUGCUCAUCAUCCGUUGCGACCAGCUGCUCUCCCGUUUCCUUUUGCGAACCCCCCACCGCCGAUGGUCCCACCUGGAUCUACUCUACCUGGACCGGGUUCUCUUCCAAACCAAACCUCACAGUUCCCUCCAUGGCGUUUGCAAAGCACGCAUACUUCAGUUAGUCCAUCCCCAAUCCGGUCUCGUGGUCAAUCCACAGAAAAGCAGAACAACAUGGGAUCGGAAGCCAAGUCAGGACCGCCCCGGCAGCCGGCCUCGCUCAUAUGGCUGCUAAAUUUAGCCAAGUGUAUUAGGUCUUCCACCAUUUUGGUGGUGAUUGAUGAGUUGGUUAAAUUGGAUGCUGUUCAACUUCAUCAGUUGUUCAGUAGUUUGUACACUUCUUCGGAGAAACAACAACUUCUGCAGAUGACUACUGAUGUGAUUUUAACAGCUCCAGACGGUUCUGGCUGUGAUAGACUACUUACUUUUCUCUUGGAUGCUUCGAUGAUCCGCUGCAUCAAACCGGACGGUCAAGACAACGAGACUGUUGAACCAAAAACCAUCGCUCUUGAGUGGCUCUCAGACACCUGCACACAGCUUCUCAAAGUUGCAUGCACAUCCCUACUCUGUAUGGUUUAUGCCCGUGCUGAAUCGGUUGACACAUUGAAUCGUGGGGGUUGUGAAGGACUGCUUCGUGCUGCUCAACGUCUGGCGACCGCGACAGUUCCCUAUCCUCAGUCAGCACUCACGAACGGUUUCACUGCUCCUCGUGGUUCGAACCUGUUCAAUUACCUGACCAAUCCGAACACACCACCCUCUGUCCUUGUCUGUGUCUGUCAACUGUUGGUUGCGCUGGAACUUACCGUUGAAGUCAAUUUGGUUGUUCGUGCUUUGUUUCACCUAUGUUCGGCUUCCUAUACUGAUCAUCCGGAACAGGAUUCGUCAAUCGCUCCAGCUUUUUUAUUCUUUCCACUAUUGGAGGAAUAUGAGGUGGGUCGGAAUGCUCGGCUUCUUGGUUCUUCUACCUCAUCUAUACCGCCCUUGAUGGGGUUGACAGUGUCGUCAUCAUCUUCGCACACGCAUUCGUUGCUAGUCGACCAGUUGUUGCCGCGAGUAUGGACCUCGGUUGUGGAAAGUCCUACGUGCUGCAUUACAUUACGGAGCUUGUUGUGGCUGGUGCAACGUGAGAAGGUACUGACUUCUAAUCGCUUUACGACCGCAUGUUUGUUGACGGCACUUGCAAGUCAGCUGGUCCCGAUGCUCAAGCUGAUGUGUGCCACAGAUGAUAAAACGGCGAUUGAUUUACUGUUGGCUCUCUUUGAAGAGGCAACUGCUUUAGUGAUUGGCCAAAGACCAUCUCCACGUCAUCCGUGUCCACAACCCGGACUGACGUUGUCUGUUUCAGAGUGCAUUUCUGUCGGAAGACUGACAGUUCAGUUGGCACGGACUCUGCUCAAGCAAUCUACACUCUGUGUCUCCACGCCAGAUGAACUUGCCCGGUCGAUACAACUGUUCCAACGCUUGCAGGACGUGCUGACGGAUUUAGCCGGUCGUUAUCCUCUACUGCGUUCCACCGCGCUCCGAUGUGCCACCACAGCCAACUCAUUCGCCGAAGUAUGUGGAACCAAAUCCGGUGAUUUGACUGCCUUUGUUUCCCCGACGCGAAACUCCGCCUCUGUUCGUUCAUUUGACUGGCGCACACUGGUUACUCCUAACUGCUUGCCGGAUAUAGUGCUAGAUUCAACUAAACGAGGCGCAUGCUUUUCAGUAGAUGGUGAUGAUGCCAACGUCAGUAGUUUGCUUCUGUCCAACCCUCCACCGGAUGGUGCUCUGCACACUGGCCCGGCCAACGACAGCCUAGCUAGAGGCCAACUGCGAAGGCGAGUGAGAACUGCAGAUCAAACGGAAGACUUCAAGCGUCCUCCCGGGACUAAUUUUAGUGGCUCUGGGAAUUCUGAAGGCCCCACACAAAACACAGUUUGGCAUCCAGUCCAUCUCCAUUGGCUACGUCUGAUUGAUCGAUUGAGUGGAGAGUUUAAUACCAAGAUGGUUAGUUGUACCACAAAGACUAAAGAACAUACGACUGGGACUGUUCGACACUUUUCUCAUUUGGUAGGCAACGGGUUGCAAAACUUGCUGCUACCUCAUGGCGCCUAUUUACCACAGACGACGAUUGCUCACUUACCCAAUCCAUUGGCUCUUGUUUUGGCACCGAGUGGAAUCGGUUUGGAGCGUGUCAUCGGACUGUUGCACUGCUUUUGUCCGGAGGUGAAGUCGCAUGCAAUCGGACAGUAUGGACCAGACAACUUGGCCACCAGAACACGUGCAGCAACACGGUUGCUUGAGAAUUCACUUUUCCAUGUGUUACAUACUGAGGAGCAUGUUCAGAAGCAUGAAACUAAUCGGUCAGGCAAUGAUCUCCCGGCUACCGCUUGUGAUGACCCCUUCUUGACGAUGAUCGACAAGCAAGAAUCACUAUUCCCCUCGCCUAAAGUGCUUCUCGGAUUGUUGAUGGGGCUCGAGGCCAUCUGGGCUGGCCCUUUGGCGCCGAAAAUCUCCCUUUCGGAUGCUUUGGCCUACUUUUCCGCCAACGAAGGCAUGUAUGCUCAGGGAAUCUUCCCAAUCAAGUGGUCGCCCGAAGUUUGCUUGGCUCAAGCGAGACGGCUCGCCGUGGAUUACGGACAACGUCGUGUCGAUUGUCAGUCCGCCCUCUUCCGGCUUACCAAGCAGUUACUCAUAGUUUUGUACAAACUAUGCUAUAACCACGAUCAUUCCAUUCAACAAUCUACCAAAGCCUCAACCGGUGAUCAGCCUCCACGCAGCGCUGGCUCUGCGCAUCUUCCACUGGAUCGGCUCCUCUACUGUGUGACUCCACGUGAACUGGCCAUCCUUCUUUCCGAUAUACGACGUAAUCUAAGACUUCGAAUGGCAUUCGACUGGAUUAAACAACGCAAACAGCUAUCCGGCAAUUCCACUGCUGAACAGCUGGUCGACGUGUAUCUGACGGUGGACAACCUACCCCCUCCACCUGCAUUUAUCACUCCGGGACUUCUCUUAGCCGUGCUCCACGCGCAUUUGAUCGAACCCGGAGUUGCUGAGUUGCUUGGCCCACUGCUCAACUCCAUGCACGUCCUUCAUUCUGCUCCUGAUUCGAUCCGAUCUGCGGAACUAAUGAACGAUCCGACCGUUUUAGAGGAAGUCGAUGUCGAUGGAGAAUUGGUUGUGGUGUUGAACGAUUGAAAAAUGGCAGUUUUUUGUUAACCCUGAAAACCCUUAUGCCUUGUAUAGCUCCCAUUUUUUGAGUUACUAUAAUCUCACUCACUGUUAAACUGGUCUUACACUUUUAUCCGUAUAAGAUUUUGUUUUAAGAGAAUUUGGUCAAAAGUGC